UUCCAUUUAUUGUUUCGCUUUCAUUCGUUUCUUUUUCUCUUCUACUCUUUUAACCAUGGCAGCGUGUCAUCAUAUUACCUCUACUCGCCUCUCUGUGCCUUCGCACUCUGCUCAAAUUUACAAAGACGAGUGCACUUUCUGCUAUGAUAGUCCUGACAAUGAGGGUGGAUUGGAUGUCUGCCUCUCCUGCUUCAACGGCGGCUGCACAGAUCCAGAGCGUCAUCAUGCUAUCCGGCACUUUAGCAAGACUGGUCAUCCACUGGCAUUAAACAUCAAGCGCGUCAGGCGUGCUAAGAGUGGUCGAGAUGGACAGGAACCUCCUCAAAAAAUAACCAAAAUUGCAAUCGUCCCUGAGAAUGACGCAGAUCUUUACGAAUACUUUACACAUGUCAAAUGUUACGAGUGUGGUGGUGUUGAGGUUGACAAGACUGCAGGCGAAAUCCCAAAAGUGGUUGAUGCGAUCAUGACAUCCUUAUCAGCUUCUCGACAAUCAGAGAUUAAAGCAUGGGAAGAAGAAAUUGUCUCAUGCGACCACAUUCGAAACCUACAGCAGGGCGAUCCAAAGGUUGUAGCGGCUGAGAAUGCACACUGCGCCAACUGUGAUCUGAAGGAAAAUCUCUGGCUGUGUCUUGUGUGCGGCAACCUUGGAUGCGGGCGUCAACAGUAUGGAGGCACUGGAGGCAAUGGUCAUGGAUUGGCCCAUUUUGAUGCAACAGGUCACGGCGUUUCCUGCAAACUUGGAACCAUUACACCUGAGGGAACAGCAGAUAUUUACUGCUACCACUGCAAUGAGGAACGCUCUGAUGACCAGUUAGGAGUACAUUUGGCGCGGUUUGGCAUUAACGUGGAGUCACAACAAAAGACAAUCAAGUCCUUAACCGAGUUGUCGCUAGAGCAGAAUCAAAACUUUAACUUCAACAUGUUUACUGAAGACGGUAAAGCAUAUGAGCCAUUGUUCGGGCCUAGCUACACUGGAUUCAGGAACUUGGGUAACAGUUGUUAUAUGGCAUCAGUCUUGCAGUCAGUGUUCGAUCUCCCGGCGUUUGCUUCGAGAUAUUUCCCGGCUGAUCUCGAUCACCUGCAAAGGUGCAAUCAAGAGCCAGGCAAGUGCUUACAAUGCCAGUUGACCAAGGUGGCGGAUGGUCUUUUGAGUGGACGAUAUUCAACUCCUACGUCCGCUGAGAGCGGUGAGGUACAGGGCCAAGAUGGCAUUGCGCCUGCCAUGUUUAAGUCAUUAAUCGGCCGCGGUCACCCAGAGUUUUCGACCAUGAGGCAACAAGACUCGUUUGAAUUUUUCCAACACCUGAUCAAGAUUAUUUCGCAAACUGAACGCAUUGCUGGUCAGGAUCCUACAAAAACUUUUGAAUUCUCAAAUGAACAGCGAUUGCAAUGCAAUGAAUGCAAGAAGGUGCGAUACACUUAUGACAAUACGACGGCCCUAUCAAUUGCAGUUCCUGCCACCAAGAAGGCGAAAACCAAUCCCGAAGAUGAUGAUGAAUACGAGAGUGUGACUCUAGAACAGUGUCUUGAUGCCUAUGUUGCAGUAGAAGAGCUUCCAUAUACCUGUCCCAACUGCCAGAAAAACACCACUGCCACCAAGACGAAUAAGUUUGCUACUUUCCCUGAGGUGCUUGUUAUCAACAUGAGACGCUUUGCUUAUCAGAACUGGGUUCCCAGAAAGCUUGCUGUCCCGAUCGUCUUCCCUGACGAUCAAAUUGACUUUGAAAAAUAUCGCGGGCAUGGUCAACAACCAAACGAGGAAUCGCUUCCAGAGGAUGCGCCGGCGGUGGCGGCAUCGCCUACGUAUAAUGAAACAGCUCUAGAACAGCUCCAAAUGAUGGGCUUCCCAUUGAUCCGCAGUCAGAAAGCAUUGUUGGCAACUAAUAAUCAGAAUGCUGAAGUUGCGAUGGAAUGGCUUAUCCAGCACAUGGACGAUCCCGACAUUGAUCAGCCCAUCAAGAACUCCAACGAUAGUGCCUCUGCCGCUAAUCCUGAACAGAUUGCUCAAUUGGCAGACAUGGGAUUCACUGAUAAGCAAGCCAAGAAGGCUCUUAAGGAGACUGGUGGCAACAUGGAGCGCGCAGUAGAAUGGCUUUUCAGCCACAUGGAUACCCCAAUCGAUAAUGAUGAGAAUGACAAUCCUAAGUCAGCUGCCGCUGGGCAGAAGCCACUUGCAGGUGAUGUCAACAAGAAGGGCCACUACAAGUUGGCCUCAUUUAUUUCGCACAAGGGACCUUCAGUACAUUGCGGACAUUAUGUCAGCCACAUCAAGCGAGGCAAUAAAUGGGUCCUCUUUAACGACAAUAAGGUUGUUGAUGAUCCCAAAGCUCCCAUUGGUGACGCCUACAUGUAUAUCUUUAGGCGCCAGGACUAGAUUAAAAAGAAAAAAAGAGAAAGAAUUCACUCUUUUUUUAUAAAUAAAACGACGCGCCGCUUUCAUGGACGCCU